UCUUCACCUGUGUUCGGCCUAGCGAGCGCGAGCUCAGCACAGCCCCAGGCGUCUGCGCAGCCUCCGCAUCAAGCGUAGCUGUUGCCAGCGUCCUAGUCUCUUCGUUGCAUCGUGAUCCGCCUUCUACAGACCCCAAGCAAUCGUCCUAUCGGUUAGCAUGCUGCAUCCUACCAACGCGUUUCGGGACUUGGACUCCAUUAAACAAAAAGUCGCAGGCAAGCGUCCUGUCGUGUUCCUCGACUACGACGGCACUCUGUCGCCCAUUGUAGACGUGCCCGAUCAUGCGUUUAUGACGGAUGCCAUGCGAUCGGCACUCAGCGAGCUCUCGUCCAAGUUCGUGACGGCUAUUGUGACCGGCCGAUCCACCGAAAAGGUGUACAACUUUGUGCAACUGGACAACCUCGUGUACGCUGGCAGCCACGGAUUCGACAUCAAAGGCACUAAGACACGCCCUAUCAAUUGCCAAGUUGCCGAUCACUUCCGUCCCGAAUUGGAGCAGGCACUGCAUACCUUGACCGGACAGACUGCGCACAUUACCGGCGCUGAGUUGGAAGACAACGGACUCGCCAUCUCAGUUCACUAUCGCCACGUUGAGCCAGCGCUACAAAAUGCCGUCGAGCAAAUUGUAGACGACUACGUGGCGUAUCACCCUGGCCUGACCAAAAAAUUGGGUAAAAUGGUAUUCGAGUUGCGACCUCGGGUUGACUGGGACAAAGGUCGUGCUGUGAUGUUCAUCCUCUCUGAGUUGGGACUAGAUGCGGAGGAUGUCGUGCCCUUCUACUUAGGUGAUGAUGUUAGUGACGAGGACGCCUUUAGCGCUCUGAAUGGCCGUGGACUCGGUCAAGGUAUUUCGAUAAUUGUACGAGACCCUGAGGCGGAGAAGGUGGAUCUGCCAGGCAACCUGAAGGAGUUGCCGGUGACGAAGGCGUCAUAUUCUCUCCGUGACACGGCGGAGGUGCAGCAGUUUUUGACCGAACUGGCGAGACUUAAGUGUGCGUGCUGAAUCCUGCACCUUAGCGCUAGAAGCCCGGGAGAACUUGAGAACUGUCGUCGAGCUGACUGCCAUUCGUGACUAUGUAUUGCCUGGCCGAACGCUCCGACAAGUACUGUAGUUGUGGGCAUCAUUUACCACAUAACCAAAAAUGCGGUACCUUUUUCAUAUUU